AUCUGUUGCACUCCAUUCUUCACCACUACACACGAAACCACUCGUACCUCUCUACUUUCACACUUUCCUCACAAACUUCACCUACAACACACCACAUCAUGUCUGUUCAGGAUAGAGCCCAGGCCCAGCUUUCGCAGCUCGACAAGGAGCUGUCCAAGUACCCCGCCCUCAACAACUUGGAGAAGCAGACCUCAGUCCCCAAGGUCUACGGCGUUCUUGGUCUCGCUGGCCUUUACUUCUUCCUCAUCUUCUUCAACAUUGGUGGAGAGUUUCUCGUCAACUUUGCUGGUUUCAUCAUUCCCGGCUUCUACUCCAUGCAAGCUUUGUUCAGUGCGAGCAAGGUCGAUGACACUCAGUGGCUCACGUACUGGGUGACUUUCGCUUUCCUGACCGUUUUUGAGAGCGCCAUCAACGCUGUCUACUGGUUCCCCUUUUACUACACUUUCAAGUUCGUCCUCAUCCUGUGGAUGGCUCUUCCCCAGACUGGCGGCGCUCAGAUCAUCUUCCGCUCGUUCAUCCAGCCCGUCUUCUCGCGCUACUUCUCCACAUCUGGCUCCACUGCUGCCGACCUCCGCUCUAGGGUUGACUCGGCUAGCGGCAAGUCUUUGUAGAGCAGCUGUCCCGACAGCAUGUUUCUGACAGCCGCAUGAUCAGGCCAGGAUACGGUGUUCCGCGAAGAUGAAAAUGAAGAGAAUACCGAGGAACUGUCUUCUGCACAGCAGAAGAUCGAUCCAAUACGGCGUGCGGCUGUUGUAGCUUGGAAUCGCUAUCUGAACGAGAAUACACGGCCGAAAGUAUCUGUCCGUGCGAAGGAUGUUGGUAAAACGCGCAAGAUAUCCCUACGAAUGACAGUCAAACAUCCCCAAGUAUAAUAGUGUUGGGAAGCAAUCCCUUGGGUAUUGGGUUUGUAUAUUGAGCGG